AUGAGCCUCGAAGCUGCCCUCCAACAGCUCCGCGAGCGGCCGAAGAUCAGCGGAUGGGCCACUUCACUACAAAUCACUUGCGGAGCCCUGUGKAAGGCUCUCGCAAACAAGGAUCCCCUUGCGCAGAGUCUGGUGGAGGAGUUCUGUGCCAUGCUUCACCAAGAUGACAGCUUCGAUGUUGCGCGGUUCGCAAUACCAGAACUCCGCGGAUUCACGGAUGGGCCCCUCUCCGUAGCCCAGCGGCGCAUCCUCGAGCUUACGAGUGACCUGCACCAAAAGAUACGCGAUCAGAGUGCCGUCACCCAGGACGACUUCGACAGCCAGCUCUAUCGUGAGGAGAAGGACAUCUUGCUAGAUGCGGAGGUGAAUCGCGCCAGCCUACUCAUCCACAGCAGCGGCGCGCUGGAUCCAGCGAGCGCCGAAGACAUUCGGAGAUGGUUGGAUCAGSGACCAGGCAGGAGAGAUGCAGGCGAAUUUGCGGCAAAGUGA